GGAAGAAAGUAAGAAAGAGGAAAGCACACCAGAGAGCGGAGGAAAGCGAAGGCGGAAGCAGGAGCCCUUUUCUCUAGCGUGGCUGCAUCUCCAGGCGUGAUGGUGGGAGAGUGUGAGCAGGGGGCCUUGUCAACCUCACCCCUCCCUUGACUGACAACUUUGACUGUACCUGGACUUCUAGAGUGGGUGCCGUCCUCCGACUACCCAGAGCUGCAACCUGUCUGAUAGCCCAUCCACCCUCACAGAAGCAUCUCUGGGAGGCUACAGAAAAUCGCUACUGAACAUCCCACACACAAAAGUUAUCUGUGAGGUGCGUUUUGCAGAAAGAGGCGGCUGACAACUUGAAACAGGCACGCGCGCACACACACAUACACUGUUUUCUUGUGCAAGAUCUCUUUCGGGCAAAGGAGAAGCGCUACCAAGCAGCCGCUGUGCUCACUGAACACCCUCCCCUGUAUUGCUUAAUUGAGAAGGCAUACAAAUGCUCUCAGUUCAGCCAGACACCAAGCCGAAAGGUUGUGCUGGCUGCAACCGCAAAAUCAAGGACCGGUAUCUCCUAAAGGCGCUGGACAAAUAUUGGCAUGAGGACUGCCUGAAGUGUGCCUGCUGUGACUGCCGUUUGGGAGAGGUGGGCUCCACCCUGUACACUAAAGCGAACCUUAUCCUUUGUCGCAGAGACUACCUGAGGCUGUUUGGUGUGACUGGAAACUGCGCUGCCUGCAGCAAGCUCAUCCCCGCCUUUGAGAUGGUGAUGCGUGCCAAGGAUAAUGUGUACCACCUGGACUGCUUCGCCUGUCAGCUCUGCAACCAGAGAUUUUGUGUCGGAGACAAAUUUUUCUUAAAGAACAAUAUGAUUCUCUGCCAGACAGACUACGAGGAAGGCCUAAUGAAAGAAGGUUACGCACCCCAGGUCCGCUGAUCCCGCAACAUCACCCCUAACAACGCAAAGCACUCCAUCCUUUUAUCCGUUGUGCUCACGUGUAUAUAAGAACCGACACAGGAACCUACAAAAUAGGGUAGCGAUAGAGCGGCAGAAUGGCCGUGUGGAAGAGAAGGCGGACUGCAUCUGUAUGUAGUGAAAUGGCCCCAGUCCAAGAGUUGAAUGUUCAUUAUUAAAGAGAGAGAAAGGAAUGUAUAUAUUGCGGGAUUUUUUUGCUUGCUUAUUUGUUUCUGUGUCACUUGGCAUGAGAUGUUUAUUUUGGACUACUGUAUAUAACGUAUUGUAAAUCCGAAGCACAAAUGUAAUACAGUUUUAUUGUGUUACCAUUUGUGUUUGGUUUGCUUCUUUGUAAUGUUGCAUUUGGUACAAUCAGUGUCUAAACUUACCGUACGCUUAUGCUUUCUGUGUCUACCAGCUACUUUCGACGGGCUGUACCUUUCUAGUCAGACCUGAGGAGCAAGCCUCAAGGGUGACACACAGAGGAAGCAAGCCUAUCAACGUUAGAGAGACAGAAAUAAAUGACUAGACACACAGCAGUCAGUGACAUCCGCUUCUUACGGCUACUACACUUUGCUGUAUCCGUGUUCUCAUCAGAACCCCCUAUUUUCAGGGGGCUAAAGAUCAGCUUUAAAAAAAAAUGAUAACGAUUUCAUCUUAAAGCACUUUCAUUUUAUGCCAACGUGAAAAGUGCCAUUUUUAGUGACUUUAAAGCUUAGCGAUGCCCCUUCGAUAUCCUUUACUGUGCCCCUUUCCUUCGCUAGAGAUUUACUACGUUUUCUUUUCCCCGGUCACACACCCUACGUGAACUAGUGCCUUUGGGUAGCAUGUAAACAAUUUCCAAAGGGUUAUUCUAAAUGAGAAAGGUAUUACCACGAUUAUGACAUAAUAUAAACAAUUUUCAACAAUCUCGUAUAAGUGUUGUCCAGAUUUCUCCCUAGGAGACAAGGGCUUUGUGUCUAUCUAUGGUCAGUGAUCUGACGGCCCAGAACAGACUUGAGGGUGUACCUCCUGAAAUCGGGAUACUGCACACUGAGAUCCUAAUGGCCGAGUCACACGGGGAUCUGCUCACAGCCUCGGAACUGUUGGUACAGAAGCAGAGAAGAAGUUGAGAACUGCCUGGUGAUUGUGUAUUCUGCCUGGCAUUUACUCUCAUCUUUAAAACACUUUGAAUUUGCUAUGUCACACUUUCUCGGCCCCUCGCGUUCACCGCCAUCUUCCAACUCAGAUUAUGUAACACUUGGGCUAAAAUCUAUCCACCUUUUUUUUUAAAAAUUAUAUUAAUUAUUGUUUUGUUUUGAUUUUUAAUGGUGAAGUGUUCCCCCUUAUUUAAAUGAUAGCUGAUGAAGAAGAAUGUUCUAGAAACAGAAACUGUGGGAAAUGAUUACUUACAUUGCAAUUAAGGAAAUAAAACCAAGAAUAUGGCUCCCUC